AUGGCCAGCAAAACGCUUUUCUACAAACCUUCAACCUUAACCUUCCGCGUCUGCACACUGUCAAACAACCCCACGAGGCACAGGAAACAUGUCUGCCCCAGCUCACAAAUUCAAGGUUGCCGAUAUCUCCCUCGCUGCAUUUGGCAGGAGGGAGAUCGAGCUCGCUGAGAAUGAGAUGCCUGGCCUCAUGGCCACCCGACAGAAGUAUGCUGCAGACCAGCCAUUGGCCGGCGCACGUAUUGCCGGCUGCUUGCACAUGACCAUUCAGACCGCUGUGCUCAUCGAGACUCUGACGGCCUUGGGCGCUGAGGUUACAUGGACUAGCUGCAACAUCUUCUCAACUCAAGACCAUGCAGCGGCAGCCAUCGCUGCUGGCGGCACGCCAGUCUUCGCCUGGAAGGGCGAGACGGAGGAGGAGUACAACUGGUGCCUCGAGCAGCAGCUCACCGCCUUCAAGGAUGGCAAGAAGCUCAACCUCAUCCUCGACGACGGCGGUGACCUUACUGCGCUCGUACACAAGAAGUACCCCGAGAUGCUCAAGGACUGCUAUGGUAUCUCAGAGGAGACGACCACCGGUGUGCACCACCUAUACCGUAUGCUGAAGAACAAGGACGGUGGCCCCGGUCUCCUCUGCCCGGCUAUCAACGUGAACGACUCAGUCACAAAGUCGAAAUUCGACAACCUGUACGGCUGCAGAGAAUCGCUCGUCGACGGCAUCAAGCGCGCCACCGACGUUAUGAUUGCCGGUAAGGUCGCCGUUGUGGCUGGCUACGGUGACGUUGGCAAGGGUUGCGCCCAGGCGCUGCACUCAAUGGGUGCUCGCGUCAUUGUCACCGAGGUGGAUCCUAUCAAUGCUCUCCAGGCGGCUGUCUCUGGCUAUCAGGUCACCACCAUGGAGGAGGCCGCUCCCAUUGGUCAGAUCUUCGUCACCACGACCGGCUGCCGCGACAUUAUUACCGGAGCCCACUUCUCCGUCAUGAAGAACGAUGCCAUCGUCUGCAACAUCGGCCACUUCGACAUUGAGAUCGACGUUGCCUGGUUGAAGGCCAACGCCAAGAGUGUGGUCAACAUCAAGCCACAGGUCGACCGCUUCCUCAUGCCGAACGGUAACCACAUCAUCCUUCUCGCAGAGGGCCGUCUUGUCAACCUUGGCUGCGCAACUGGUCACUCAUCCUUCGUCAUGUCCUGCUCUUUCACCAACCAGGUCCUUGCCCAGAUCAUGUUGUACAAGGCUGGCGACAAGGCCUUUGGCGAGAAGUACGUCGAGUUUGGCAAGACCGGAAAGCUUGACAUCGGCGUAUAUACCCUGCCCAAGAUCCUCGACGAGCAGGUCGCACUGCUGCACCUUGAUCACGUCAACGCCAAGCUGACCAAGCUCACCGAGAAGCAGGCUGACUACCUGGGCGUGCCGAUCGAAGGUCCCUUCAAGUCGGAGAUUUACAGGUACUAGUGUGCGAAAUCUCUUUCUUUGGCUUUCGAGAGAGAUUGUUUAAAAAGAGAAGAAAAAAAGUUUUAGGCUGAACUUUUCAACAUUUACGGAGUCAUGAUCGGAAAAUGAUACCACGAAAUGUCCUCAACGGCAUUGGGAUGGCGUUUAUAACGAAGUCAUAUUUCUCUUUUUUUGUUUACUUGCCCGUAUAUUAGUUAUGCUCAACCAACAUCUGGGAUUUGGCCAUGGAGCCUCUUGUCAACGGAACGGAGGCGAUCGUAAUACUGGGGUGGCAAAUACAACUCUUGCUUCCUUUUGGGGAGGAUGAAAUGAAAGACGAACAGGGCAUCAGACGGCGAGAGCAUUGUGAGACCACUCUCAACUUUGGUCUUGAACCGUGCUUACAUCUAGUAAGUUUAUGUAGUCUGCUGAGAAGAAAAAAAAAUCAAGGAGCGAAACACUUCUGGAUGACGCUUGUGGAAUUGUGAAGUGAUCUAACUUUUGUUUCCACGGGGCAUUAUAGCCUUCCUUUUUUUUUUCCCCCAAC